ACUGAAAUGGCUGCAACAUCUUCCAGACUUUUCUUCUUAGCCCUCUCCCUCCUUGCUUGUUUUCCCUUCUGCAGUUGCCAUUGUAGUAGUUUAAGUAAUAAAAAUGCAGAGGGUGGGAUGAUGAAAGGGAUGUUUGUGUUUGGAAGUUCCUUGGUUGACAAUGGCAACAAUAACUUCUUGCCAAACUCUCUGGCCAGAGCUGAUUACUUGCCCUAUGGAAUUGAUUUUCCUCUUGGGCCUUCUGGAAGGUUCACAAAUGGCAGAAACGUUAUUGACCUUCUUGGUGGCCAUCUUAAGCUACCUUCCUUGAUCCCAGCUUUUGCUGACCCCAAAACUAGAGGAAGCAAGAUUGUUCAUGGUGUCAACUUCGCUUCUGGUGCUUCUGGUAUACUGGAUGAUACUGGCUCCUUGGCGGGCCAUGUGAUCAAUAUGAACCAGCAAAUUAGAAACUUUGAGGAGAUAACGUUGCCAGAGUUAGAAACCCAACUAGGGUGCAGAAGCCCUCAGUCACUUCCCAACUACUUGUUUGUGGUGGGAACUGGUGGAAACGAUUACUCAUUCAACUACUUUCUGAGGAGCUCCAACCAAAAUGUCAGUCUGGAAAUGUUUACUGCCAAUCUAACUGCCUCUUUGUCCAGACAACUAAAGAAGUUGCACAGUUUGGGAGCUCGAAAAUUUGUUGUGAUGUCAGUAAAUCCACUUGGGUGCAGUCCGGUGGUGAGGAUGAACAGACCAACACACAAUGGCUGUGUACAAAAUAUGAACUGGGCAGCUCAACUUUUCAAUUCUCACUUGAAGUCUUUGGUGGAUGUGAUUAGGGCAGAGAUGCCUGGCUCUUCUCUUGUAUUUGUCAACUCCUACAAGAUCAUCAGGGACAUUAUAAAAAACCCUAUCUCCAAAGGAUUCAAUGAUUCUAGCACUACCUGUUGUGAGGUGGCAUCAAUAUCUGAAGGUGGAAAUGGAAUUUUAUGCAAGAGGGGAGGUGAAGUGUGUGCAAACAGAAGCAGUCAUGUGUACUUCGAUGGCUUGCAUCCAACGGAAGCUGUAAACGUUCAAAUAGCAACAAAGGCCUAUGUCUCUUCUCUUAAAACCGAAGUUUAUCCCACUAAUAUUGCACGAAUGACCAAAUCCAAGAUCUAGGGUUCUUGGUAUGACCUCUGUUUGCUACACUUAGGUUUGAACUCUAAAAUAUAGUCUAUCAAGUUGGCUUCGGAACUUAGUUAGAACUGACGAGUCCAAUGGCUUUGUAAUGUGUACUUGUGUAGGUUGUUUUCUGGUAUGUUUGCAAUAAAAAUGUAUCGAUCAUGCGUUUGUAAUA